CACAUAAACAUUCAAUCCCGUGAUCAUCAUCCCCCCACAUGCAGAAAAACGAAGGAUAAGGGAUUUGCAUAGAAGCUAACGCACAUCAUGCGGAAAGUUGAGGUAUCCGAAGAUGAAGAAUUGGGCGAGCUGGAGGAUAAGACCGAAGCCCUCACCCUUCGCUCAAAACGUACUGAGAGGGCUCGGAAAAAGCAGGCAAAGAGAGUCAAAAAGCCCAGUCGCGAUUCGCAAGAUCUCUUGAGCUUGCCUUAUGAGCUCGUAUUAGAUAUAUUGGCUCUACUUCGUCCAAGCGAUAUUUUUAAUCUACAACGAGUUAAUAGAGCCCUCCGUCAGUUCAUUGUCCAAGAGGAGCACCGGAUUUCAAGAGCUAUCACUAGUUGGCGCUACGUCUGCCUGGAUAAAUGCUUUAGAUUGCCUGUGCUUAUGGAGAAUAUCAAUCCCAGUAUUCACGCGGUUAUUCAAAGUCCCGAGCGACAGGAGCUCCUCGUCAUCCAUAAGAAGCCUUAUCAACACAUCCAAUCUCCGAAUCCUUCGGAAAUAUGCACCUGUCUAACAUGCUUAUUGCGAUGGUCGGCGCUAUGCUUGAUUGUCGACUUCGCUCACUGGCAGCGAAACCUAGAUAUCGGAGAGCCUAUUCCCAUGAUUCCACGAGGCAAGCAUCCGACUUGGAAUCAAAGCCUGAUGGAGUCUAACGCGGCUAUUGUGCGCAAAGCCCUGCGUAGUCCACUGUGGCACGCACGGCUUUUGGAAGCUCACUUAGACUCGACGGCGAGGUCCAUCAGUCGUCACGCUGCGAACAAGGGUAAUAAGAGACGGCGUUUCCGCAUGUCGAAAGAAGACAUGGAGUCGGGUUCAGACUUGUUCUUAGAGAAGAGCGGACCGCCGAGCUUUGACUUUCCAUUUCACAGAGACAACUAUUACAUGUUGGAGGCUUACCUCCCGAACAGAGGGUGGAGUGCAGAAAAUAACAGAUGGAUGUAUGUGCCGGCGGAGCAACAUGAUAUAGAUAUUCAGUUUAUCGUUAACUGGGCGAAAAGGCGACAAAAACCAGCUUCGGGGUCGGAAAACUAGAUGGUAUGAGAAGAGGAAAGCUCGAAAUAACAUCUUCUCCAUUGUUGCUACUAGUUUCUUCUCAAUUUAAAGCCGGUUAGGACCAUCAAAUGCAACGCCGUAGACCCCUUUUAUCCCCGGCUACGCCUCGGAGUACCAAAUACAGUCGCACCAUUCACCCCUCGAGAGUAGACAU